GGCUUCUUGCUACUCUUCCCUGUUGUGGGGGGAAAAAGGACUUUAAAGCCUUAACAGCAUUAACCGACCCAUUGCAGACUUGGGGAAAUAUAUCUAAAGAAGAAACGAACACGUCGUCGAGGAGAAAAAUGGCGCUGAGUGAAAACAUGCUCUUUGGGAUGGGAAACCCACUGCUUGACAUCUCAGCUGUGGUGGACAAAGACUUCCUGGACAAGUUUGGACUGAAGCCAAACGACCAGAUCCUUGCUGAAGACAAGCACAAAGCCCUGUUUUCCGAAAUUGUCAAGAGAAAGAAAGUGGAAUACCACGCCGGUGGUUCUACCCAGAACUCUGUGAAAAUUGCUCAGUGGAUGAUCCAGAAACCACACAAGGUGGCUACCUUCUUUGGGUGCAUCGGUAAAGACCGCUUUGGGGAGAUUCUGAAGAAGAAGGCCGAAGAAGCCCACGUUGAUGCCCAUUACUAUGAGCAGAGCGAGGAGCCGACUGGUACCUGUGCAGCCUGUAUUACAGGAGACAAUAGGUCCCUUGUUGCUAACCUGGCAGCGGCAAACUGCUACAAAAAGGAAAAACACCUGGACUUGGACAGCAACUGGGAGCUGGUGGAGAAAGCCAAAGUCUAUUAUAUUGCGGGGUUUUUCCUGACUGUGUCUCCAGAGUCCAUCCUCAUGGUGGCAAAGCACGCUGCAGAGAACAACAAAAUCUUCUGCGUGAACCUCUCAGCGCCGUUCAUCAGCCAGUUCUUUAGAGAGCCUCUGAUGAAGGUUAUGCCUUACGUUGACAUCCUGUUUGGCAACGAGACGGAGGCGGCCACAUUUGCCAAAGAGCUGGGCUUUGAGACAGAUGACAUUGCGGAGAUCGCAAACAAGACCCAAAACCUCCCCAAGGAGAACAAAAAAAGGCAGCGAGUGGUGGUUUUCACUCAGGGCAAGGACGACACCGUUGCAACUAUUGGUGACAACGUGAUCAUGUUUCCUGUUUUGGACAUCGACCAGAACGAUAUCGUUGAUACCAACGGAGCAGGAGACGCCUUUGUGGGAGGAUUCCUUUCUGCGUUGGUCCAGGAGCAAGGGUUGGAGGAAUGCAUUCGGGCCGGACACUACGCAGCCCAUGUCAUCAUCCGACGGGUUGGAUGCACUUUCCCAGAGAAACCUGAUUUUCACUGAUGAAAUCCGAACUCCCU